AAAGAUCAGAUUCUAUCCUGUCCUCUGUUGCAUGGCUGCUGGAAUUUAUAUAUAAAAUCCCGGAUUCUCAUACACAUAAACGCUUCUAUCACUUUGUUAAUCUUAUAGUGCACAAGUAAACACAGUCAGGCUGAGGAACCAAAUGGAACAGAGAGCUCAGUACAAGUUCUGACAGCUACAGGUCCAAACACCUUGGAGCAUUGGAAUUUGAUACCAAAUUACAUAACUGCAUGGAUGCUUAACUAGAAGAGAUCUCUAUAUUUGCAUAUAUUACAGAAGCUUUAUGAUGGCACUUCCUUCUGAAACAUCUCCUACCUCCACCUGGCCUCUACCUCCUUCACAGUACAUCAACCAGUAUACUGAUGAAAUCAUACGAAGGGGUAGGGCUCCAAAGCCACCCUUGCCUAUCCAUAAUGAUUACACAAUGUUUGGUGUUCCCUUCAAUGCUGAUGAUGUAAUCAUUAGGCCUCUUGAGUCUCAGUCCAUCCGUCGCCUUUAUCCUCAAAACUUCGACCAUCGAAGAGAAUUAAAAAAACUCAAUCACUCAAUUCUGGUGAACUUUCUAGACCUCUUGGACAUUCUCAUCAAAUGUCCAGACUCUACAAAGCGUACAGACAAGAUUGAAGAUAUCAACAUUCUCUUUAUCAAUAUGCACCACCUAAUAAAUGAAUUCCGACCCCACCAAGCACGAGAAACUGUAAGAGUCAUGCUGGAAAUGCAGAAGCGACAAAGACAUCAGGUUGCAGAACGAUUAGAGCGGCAAGAAGAUGAAGUCAGUAGACUUGUUAGGGAAGCUCUUGCCUCCUUGCCUGACAAUCUUGACUCUGAUUCAAAACUACUUGUGCCUUCCCCUGAGGAGCUCCAACUGAGGCCAAAAAAUGAUGCAAGCAACAAUGCUGAAGAUAAGUGUUCCAGUCUAGAUAGACUUAUGUGCAAUAUUGUGGAUGCAUUAUAGAGGUAAUGAUAUUUUAUAUACAGAAACAGUGAUGUAAUAUAUAAAUAUAUAUAUUGCUAUGUUAUGAUAUUACUGUGUUCCAUAAUUCCAUUAUGGCAAAAUCGUCCUUUUUGGGAAAAUUAAUUUUCUGAAGAUGUGUAUUUGUUCAUAAUGUUUAUGACUCAGAAGUGCAUUUUGUAACUUUGUAUGACUGUAUAGGUAAGUAAUAAUAGUACCAUUAAUGGAAUGACAUCCAGAAAAUAUACAGUUUUAUUUUCUUAAAACUGUUUGAUAAUAUUGUGGGAAAAGAAACAUUUCAUGAGACAUUAAUUUACACUGCAUAAUGCAGUAUUAUCACUGGAUAUGUAUGUUUGGUUUCUGAAACACACACACACACACACACACACACACACACACACACACACACACACACACACACACACACACACACACACACACACACACACACACACACACACACACACACACACACACACACAC